UGCAGAUUAUGAGUUAGGACUGCACAAUCAACACGCGUUCGCUUUUCAUUCUUUUUCACGUCAAAAAUGGUGAAGGUUCUGAAGUUGUUUGUUAUGUUUCUGCUGCCAGCUGCAGUAGCCAAGUUUGAAUUCAGUAUCCCACAAUCAGAGGUGAGCACAUUUCUUCACACCAAUGUUUUUCUACCCUGUUACUUCACUGUGGCAAAGAGCAGGAAUGGCCUUAACUUUGUAAUGGUGAACUGGAGGCACAAUGAUCUGGAGCUGGCACAAUACAAGGAUAAUGAAGUGAAAACCAAAACCAGCAGAGUGGUACUGUUGGAAAGUGAGCUACACAGAGGAAAUGCAUCACUGAUCCUCAAAGACGUUGCCAUCAGUGAUGAAGGGAACUAUGAAUGUGAAGUCAUAGAGGCUCCAAGUAUGGCGUCGGGAAAAAUACGCCUUAAAGUCAGAGUGGCUCCUCAGCUUUCCGUGAAGCAUUCCAUGCUUGUAAUAAAUCAGACAAGUGUACUGGAGUGCCGAGCAGAAGAUUUCUACCCAGGAAACAUAUCUAUGGAGUGGAUGAGAGACUCUGAUCCGCUUCCUGCUCAGAGACCACCACUGAUUUACCACCAUCAAAAUGGUACCUUCAGCUCAGUGAUCCAGUACAACUACACCCCUACCAGCGAGGACAUUAAGGUGCCCGUCUACUGCCGGGUGAAGUAUGCACCACAAGAGCAGAAGAAUAUAACUCUCGAGAUCUGCUAUCCAGUUUUUAAUUGGUCACCAAAAACUCUGUGGAAGGGCACGAUAGUGAAUGCAACGUGUAAGCUGCUUGGGUGCCAGUUUUCCAAAGUCACUGUAAGCUGGAAUAAAGGCAACGAACGUUUGAGUGAAAACUUCUGCAAGGAAAAGAAGGAGUGUGAGACUACAGUGGAAAUCCAGACACCGUCCACAGGACAAGAAAAAGAAGUAGAAUUUGUAUGUAAGGCUGAAUUAGAAGACUUUGAGACACCACUCGUGGAACAUAUCAACUUUCCAACUCAAGAUCAAUCCAGUCAUUGGAAUGUAACUUUAUUGAUAUCCUUGGCUGUGCUUUCGGUGGUGAUUUUACUCCUGGUGUGUUCUUUCUUAUCAAAACACAUAAAAAAAAGGAAAUUGGAAAGGAACGCAACAGAGAUGACAGAAUUUUAUGACAGAAGCAAGCCAAACUUCUCUGAGAUCACAAUUACCUCUGAAAACUCUAAGCACUUUUCUGCACUUCUGGAGGAAGAGGCAAGAUUGCUAAGAAUGGAGCAACCAAGUAAUCAGAAUGUAACCCCUGACCAUUGUGUGCAAAAUGAGAAGGAGGAAUGUGAGACUACUUAGAGUUGUGUUAUCUAAAACGUAUGCGUUUACAUACAAUUUAAUAACCUGGGUAUUCACAGAAUGCCGGUGUCACAAAUUCAAUGUAAACCCUUAUUCCGGUUAGAGAAACUGUGAUAUGAGGUUAAUACAUACAGUACAUACUGUAGACUUCUGUGCUUGUUAACCAAUUUGUCAAGGUGCCAUGUAAACCCUUAACCAGGUUACACUUAAGGAUUUCAGAGUCUGCACGUGUCAUUGUGACGUCCUCGAAUCCAACAAUUGCAUUAUUCCUUCUGGUUGGAAUAAUCUGCCUCAGUAUUUCGGUAAUCGCUAAAUUUUUGUCGAUGCUAAGCUCAGUAGCACGUGUGAGCUGCAUUUGGUGCAACGUGUUAAAGGUAGCAAGCAUUAUGUAGCCCUCAACUACUACUUAAAGUGAACCGUAACCGUUUGUUGUAUUUUUAUUUUUAUUUUUUUUUACUUUUGUACCGUCUCGUCUUUUGUUGCUUCAGGCACAUGGUCUCACUGGUUAGCACUGAUGCCACACAGCUAAGGUCACAUUUUUAAACCACAACAAUCAGUCCGGCAGAGAUGGCAGGUGCUUCCCUAGCCCUUAUGAACUCACAAAAAGACCAAUACAUCACUAUAGUUCAUUCAAAACUAGUUCAGUUCUUUCUUCCCCAUGGAUUUCAGUGCUUUUCACUGUUUUCUGCAAAGGUCCUGAAUAUUUCCAUGAUUUUGCCAUUACUGCCAUUUUGCAUUACUAUCCAGCACCUUUUCGAUACAAAAACUGAAGCUACAAUUCGUCACUAGGGGGAUUUACAAACGCAUGUUUCUGAGCAAGCGCUGCCGCCUCAUAGUUAGGAGACCUGGGUUCACUUUCUGGGUGCUCCCUGUGUGGAGUUAGCAUGUUCUCCCCG